AUGGUGAAAGAAACAAAGUUUUACGACAUCCUCGGAGUCUCCCCAGACGCCACAGAAGCACAGCUGAAAUCAGCAUACAAGAAGGGUGCGCUGAAAUGGCACCCGGACAAGAACGCACACAACCCCGACGCCGCCGACAAGUUCAAGGACCUCUCACACGCAUACGAGGUUCUCCAGGACUCGCAAAAACGACAGCUCUACGAUCAGUAUGGCGAGGAGGGUCUCGAGCAGGGCGGCGGCGGUGGCGGCGGCAUGGCUGCUGAGGACCUGUUCGCACAGUUCUUCGGCGGCGGCGGCGGUGGCGGCCCAUUCGGAAACAUGUUUGGCGGUGGCAUGCGCGAACAGGGCCCCAAGAAGGCGCGCACCAUCUCCCACACCCACAAAGUCUCGCUCGAAGACAUUUACCGCGGCAAGAUCUCCAAGCUUGCACUCCAGAAGUCUGUCAUUUGCCCCAAGUGCCACGGUGUCGGCGGCAAGGAGGGCGCGGUCAAGAAGUGCGCUGGCUGCGAUGGCCGCGGUAUGAAGCACAUGAUGAGGCAGAUGGGCCCCAUGAUUCAGCGCUUCCAGACUGUUUGCCCCGACUGCCAGGGCGAGGGUGAGAUCAUCCGCGACAAGGACAGGUGCAAGCAGUGCAACGGCAAGAAGACCAUCAUCGAGCGCAAGGUCCUGCACGUCCACGUCGACCGCGGUGUCCAGAGCGGCCACAAGAUCGAGUUCCGCGGCGAAGGCGACCAGCUCCCCGGCGUCGAGCCUGGCGAUGUCAUCUUCGAGAUAGAGCAGAAGCCGCACGCACGUUUCCAGCGCAAGGGCGACGACCUCUUCUUCCACGCCGAGAUCGACCUCCUGACUGCCCUUGCAGGCGGCCAGAUCCACAUCGAGCACCUAGACGAGCGCUGGCUGACUGUCGACAUCAUCCCCGGCGAGUGCAUCAGCCCCGGCGAGGUCAAGGUCAUUCGCGGCCAGGGUAUGCCUUCGUACCGACACCACGACCACGGCAACCUGUACAUUCAGUUUGACGUCAAGUUCCCCGAGCGUCUGGGAGGCGAAGACGGCGAGCCCAUGACACCGGAGCACAUUCGUGCCCUUGAGUCUGUCCUGCCACCACGAAAGGCUGCUGAUGCUACCCCUCCAGCGAACGCCAUGACCGAGGACUUCACACUUGAGUCUGUUGACCCCACACGCGAGCAGGCACGUGCGCGAGGCAUGGCCAGCCCAGAUGACGAGGAUGAUGACAUGCACCCCGGUGCCGAGCGCGUCCAGUGCGCAUCGCAGUAA